UGAGAGGCUAACAGAGGGUAGACGGGCUGCUGAUGAGAGAGGAAGAAGCCGCUGAAGGUGCAUCAGCACCCUAUUCUCCCACCGUCUGAGUCCCGCUUUUCGCGAAAUAGCUAAAAAAAAAAAAAUAAUAAUAAUAAGACGAUAAAUCCGCUCGUUUGUGAAUGAAGGAACAUUUCUGGUGAAGAUUAACGUCGGUGAAGCUGUAUUAUUUAUUUAUUUUUUUGGGAGGACGGGACGUGAUGAUAAAACCCGGAGUGUGCUCCACGGGGUUUUUGUGUUGUCUCCAAAAGCAGCGGAGAUGAUGGAGCCCCGUCUGGGAGGAAGAUGUCUGUCACCACAGAGCGUUAAAUGCCUCACUUUCGGCGUUAAAACUCUUUAAUAUCGCUCCGGUUUGAGGAUUUUAAUGGCACAGCGGACUUCAAUCAAAAGCCAGCGACUUAAAGUGGGAUUUAUGAAUGUUGAAACUGAGGGGUGAAUGUUAAUUUUUUUUAUCCCAUCGUCUGCCAUCUCGAUUCAGAUUAUAACACCAGCUAACGGAGCACCGAGACUAAAGGUUGUUUCAUCUGCUGGAAUACGCUAACAUUUUUCUCCCUUUCGAUAAUUUCACUUUAAGCGCAGCAUGACCACUAAGAGCCUAAUGUGGUUAUAAAUCACACUCUCCCUCUGCUGUCAGUUUUUUUUUUUUUUUGGUCUCGUGUUGAGCUCCAUAAUCCUGCAUUACUGUGGAGUUUGGUUGUGUUUUAGCUAACAGUGGCGGCUACUAGCGCCAGUGCAGCUGUGUGUGUGUAUAAUAUAUAUGCGUGUGUGUUGUCGGUCAACACGCGUGCACCGACACGUUUGCUCGGAUGAAACCACCACCUAGCCAAAAAUAUGAUGCACCCAGAGGGCACAGCAACACGCCGAGCCAUGUCGGACUGAGAGGAGCGAGAGCGGGGCUUCGCCGGCUGUGAGCUCGCACCGAGCGCCUUUCAAUUUAAGAGGGGGGAGCGGAUCAAAAAGCUGCAGCUAGCCUGUCCGAACCGCUCUCAGGAGACCACCGAGAGGAUCCUUUUCGACUCAACUUAGAGACAGCAUUCUGCUAAAAUGGGAGAGCAGCCCAUCUUCAGUACACGGGCCCACGUCUUCCAGAUUGACCCGAACACCAAGAAGAACUGGGUUCCCACGAGUAAACACGCUGUCACAGUCUCCUACUUCUUCGAUAGCACCAGGAAUGUUUAUCGAAUCAUCAGUCUGGAUGGGUCCAAGCAGGCCAUUAUCAAUAGCACCAUCACCCCCAACAUGACGUUCACCAAGACAUCGCAGAAGUUUGGCCAGUGGGCGGACAGCCGGGCCAACACUGUCUACGGCCUCGGCUUCUCAUCAGAGAGCCACUUGGUCAAGUUCGCAGAUAAGUUUGCAGAGUUCAAGGAGGCGGCGCGGUUAGCCAAGGAGAAGUCUCAGGAGAAGAUGGAGCUCACCAGCACGCCCUCUCAGGGUGGCACCAUAAAAAGGAAUGUGUUGUCAGUCAACAAACCCAUUAAAAAGAAGGAGUCAGCCCCAGGUGAUCUGCAGUCACCUUUGACCUCAGAGAGCAUCAAUGGUACAGACAACGACAGAGUCACGCCAGACACACCUCAGCACCCUGAACCCAGAGCAGAGCCUUCCCAGAAUGCACUGCCCUUCUCACACAGUUCAUCCAGCAUCAAUAAGCACUGGGAGGCGGAGCUUGCGGCGCUGAAGGGGAACAAUGCCAAACUGACAGCGGCUCUUCUCGAAUCUACAGCCAACGUCAAACAGUGGAAACAGCAGCUGGCGGCCUAUCAGGAAGAAGCUGAGAGGCUACACAAACGGGUGACGGAGCUGGAGUGCGUAAGCGGCCAAACAACGGGGAUUAAAUCUCAAAAGACUGAACUCAACCGAACAAUAGAAGAGCUGGAGUUGGCUUUGAAGGCCAAAGAGGAGGAGCUGGAGAGACUCAAAGCAGAGGUGGAGAGUGCCAAUGAGUUUAGGUUUCAAAGAGACUCCCUCACACAGAAGUUACAGGAGACGGAGUUGAGAAACCAGACACUGGAGGCCCAGCUGAGCGAUCUGGAGCAGCGUCUGGAGAGCAACCAGCUGGAGCAAGAAGCCUUUCGCAAGAGCCUGCGCUCCCUGCUGGAGCUGCUGGACAGCAAACUCUUUGAGCUGAACGAGCUGCGGGACGCCCUGGCCAAGCUGCUGGAAGGCAGCUAGAAAGAGAGAGAGACGAAGAACGUGCCAGCACCUUCACCAAACACGGCGGCCAACGCUCCACCAGCCACUCUAAGGAAGACGUCACCUGCAUUUUACUGCAUGUCGGCACUCGCAAGCUCACUGACAACUUGAAUUCUCUCUCUUUUUUUCCCCUCCCACAUGCGUGUAAAGGUUUACACAUGACUUCAUACAUUAACGGUACACACGCGUCGCUACGUCCACGCUCACAUCGUUUACAAACAGCCAAGCGAAGCCUUCCCCGCCGCUCCACUCUGGAAUAAUCCACAGAAGCUUUUGGUUUUUUUUGCAGUUUCUUUCCUCACUCACAGAAACUUUUCUAUAAGGACGACAUUCGCAGUGCAUUCAGAUGCAGCCACUCAGAGUCGGUGACUGUUCUCCUUUUUCUUUUUUGUUUUUCUCCUCUGACUUUUUCCAGGCACAAAUCUUUAUUAAAUCCCACGUCACCGUCAGCCAAAUAAACUCUGAGAUCCAUUCAGUUACAUGUUAUGUGGACUCGAGGCAAAGAGGACGUCAGUAUGUCGAAUAUUCUUCUAAAAUAUAUGAGCAAUACAAAAGGGCAGCACCAGAGGGUUUAAAAACAAACAAAAAAAAAACACUUUCCACUCACUUUCAGGUAAUUUUACUCCUCCUCUCGGAUACGUUUAGACAUCGAGGUGGGAUUUUACUCAAACGUCUUUCUUUCUAUACACUUUUUUUAAGGCUAUAAACAGAUUCAUAGUGCACUUGUGUGUGUGUGUGUGUGUGUGUGUGUGUGUGUGGGUGAAUCAGAUGUUUUGUUUUCCCUCUUUGUUUCUGUUGCAUCUUGAAGUGCAAUGACUGAAUCCUUUUUUUUUUGUUAAUUUAUUACAGAAAUUUGUGACGAUUAUUAUGAUUAUGAUGGAAGUUGUACAAAAUCAAAGUAUCUUUAUUUACAUCUCAUUUUCACUUAAUCUUUUUUAUCAUGUGGUACGUGUUUGUCAAGAUGUUUGCUUUUGGAGAAAAAAAUAUUUUUGAGCUGUUUAUCAAAGGAAAAAGGAAAACGCAGCAGGUGAUGGCGGGUAGGACUUUGCAGUUAAUCGUUUCCUCUUUUUUUGUUUCUUUUGCCAAAUAAUGUUUUCCUGUACAGAUUUGAAUUUUUGCUGAUGUUGCCUUUGGUACAAACAUGCAUCAAUGGUAGCUAACUAAGCGGUACUUUUUUUUUUUGGUGGGAUUUACUAUUGCCAAAAAUGAGAGGAAUACAAUUCAGUGUGUACACCUGAGGAACACUAUUUAAGGGCUUGUUGUUAGCGCGGGUACAUUUGGGACACUUGGAUGGAUUUUGUGCUAUAAAGGGGAAAAAAAAAAAAAAUUUGAAUAAGACUUUGAAAUGUUGAUUAAACCACAUGCUUACAGACACAAAUUGUAAUUUUGAGUUUAUAAUAAAAGAAAA